AUGCCAGCUCCAAUCGUUAUCGACGGCAAGGGCCAUCUCCUUGGUCGAUUGGCUUCCAUCGUGGCCAAGCAGGCCAUCUCCGGCCAGAAGGUCGUGGUGGUUCGUUGUGAAGAAAUUAACGUCUCUGGCAGCUUUUUCCGCUUGAAGCUUCGUUGGGCCGACCACAUGCACAAGCGACAUUUGGUCAACCCCAAGAAAAGCGGUCCCUUCCACCACCGAGCCCCAUCGAGAAUUCUCUACAAGGCCAUCCGUGGAAUGAUUCCUCACAAGACUGCUCGUGGUGCCGCUGCCCUUCAACGGUUGAAACUCUUCGAAGGUAUGCCUCCUCCUUACGACCGCAAGAAGAAGAUGGUCGUCCCCCAAGCUCUGCGUGUACUGCGAUUGAAGCCCGGCCGCAAGUGGUGUACCAUCAAGCGACUGAGUCAUGAGUACGGUUGGGGUUACAAGGAUGUUGUCGACACCCUCGAAGCCAAACGAAAAGUCAAGGCACAGGCAUUCCAUGAGCGCAAGGUCGCACUCCUCAAGGCCCGCAAACAAGUUGCUGCUCAAGAUGCUACUCAAACUGUCCAAUCCCAACUUGCUGCCCUUGGUUACUAG